AUGGCGGAUUCAAUGGCCAGAAAAGGUGAGGACCGCAAACGCAAACGGUGUGAAAGUAGUCCGUCGUCAGAAGAGACUUCAGCAAUGCCGAGCGCGAAGAGGCAUGCGACGCUGCACAGGAAAGCAGAGAGGCUUGAAGAACUCCAUGCUAAGGUUUGCAUUGUUUGUUACAAUCCGAAUGGUGGCAAUUUUUCAUUGUGGCCAAAGGAUCCGGCCAAGGCCAGAGAAAUCAUCACGGAGUUCCGAGAACGUAAGAAAACCAGAUCGUCGUCAGGUCGAAGAAAGAAAGAGGUCAGUAUUUCGGAUUUGUUGGGAAGUAACUUGAAAAAGAAGCGCAAAGGAAAAAAUAAGGGUUUUGAUGAGAAGGAGAACCUGAAGCUUGGUAAGAUUAUAGAGGCUUUGAAGACCAAUAUACAAACUUUGGAAGAGAAUAUUAAUUCUUCUUUCGAGGGAAGAAAAACAAAAACUAUUCAGCCAUAUAUAUGUGGUGAAGAGAGCACGGCAGAAUUGUUGGAACCAAAGAGUUCUAAAUUCAACAACGACGGCCCAACUUUGCCGAUAUCCGGAGGUAAUUUUUACGACGAUAAUAUCGAAUUUCCUUAUGGAUUUGACACUAAUGGUAUUUGUGGUAAUGCUAAUUUGGAGCCUGGUUACAAUAAUGGAGACUUUGGAUUAGUUAAGCCGGAGAAUUUUGGUGGGGUUGAUACUUAUAAUUAUAACUCUGCUCCAUUGGGGUCUUAUUCUUCUGCAAGCUCAAGCUGCUGGGUCGACAUGCUGCAAGGAAGAAACACAUCAAUGAUAUCUCCACUUAAUGAGGCAUGGUUGUGGCCUCCUCAGCCUUUGCAAUCUCAGAUGAUCAAUGAUCACAACAACUAUACAAAUAUGCCUAACUUGUUUUGA